AUGUCUACAAAAGUAAGAAGCAAGGCAAAAUCGCGUUCUUCUCGUGCCGGCCUUCAGUUUCCAGUUGGAAGGAUUCACAAGAUAUUAAAAAAGGGUAACUACGCUCAGAGGAUAGGGAGCGGCGCUCCGGUGUACCUCGCCGCAGCCCUGGAAUAUCUUUCUGCUGAGAUUUUGGAACUGGCGGCAGAUGCAGCAAAAGAAAACAAUAAGAGCAGAGUUAAACCACGUCACAUACUCUUGGCUAUACGUAACGACGACGAACUGAACAAAAUGCUGUCCGAGGUAACCAUUUCUCAAGCUGGAGUGCUUCCAUCAAUUCAACCCCAACUGUUGCCGAAGAAAACUACUAAGAACGCGUCCCAAUAG